UAUGAGUCAACAAUUUAAUGUUCCAAAAGAGACUAUGGAUUUUUUCUUAGAUAUGUAGUUUAAACAAGAGGACAUUCAAAAAUGUUGGGAGUCAUCCGGUAGGGAUGCAGAUAAAAUGCUAGAUUUACUUUAUCAGAUGAAGGAGGAACAGCCUCAAUAUGUAAAAAUAUUCAUUAAAUAGGGAUAGGAUAUUUUUGAAGCUAGUUAUUUAGACAAGCGCGUGUCAAAAACCAUACUAUAAGUAAUCUAGAGAAAACCCAGAGUGGCUAAUACAUUUGUAGGAAUUGAAAAUCUAGGGAGUGAUAGUAUUAUAAACAUCAUGCUGCAAUUACUUCAUUAAACUCCUUAACUUUAUUAGUUUAUACUAAGAAUUCAAAGCAAUAGUUAGAAUGUAAAAUGUAUUAAGCUUAUUUAGAAAUAAGGAUAAUUCUUAAGAUGUAUUUAAUUGUUGUUGACGGAAUUGUCAGCAUCUAAUUCCAGUUUUAUCAGCUCGAGACGAUUUUUAACUGCUAAUAUUUGGAGUGAUAAGGAGAAGGAAUAUUUGGAGGUUGAGAAAGAACCUAUAAUGAUAUUUUUCAAUCUCUUAUCAAAAAUUGAUCAAUCCUAUCGAGAAUUAGAUAACAGUCAGCAAGGAAGAAAUGAUAAUGUUUAAAUGAGCGAAUUAUUUUAAUAUACAAUUCAAAAGAACUUGAAAUAUGAAAAAGAAUUUUUUUUUGUUUCAGAUAUGAAGGAAAAUAGUGUUUAUAGUUUCUUAUACGAUUAAUUCAAAUAAAAGGUUUCUGUAUUGCCAUAGAUUAUAGCCAUUUAAAUUAAACGAAAUCAGUAGAAUAAUAUUAGUAAUAUUACCAUUUUAAACUUAGGACUUGAUAAGACGUUCGAAAUUACUUAAGUUCUCGAGCUUGAUUUCAUGAAACCCAAUUAUAAUGGAUCAUAAGAAAUUAAUUAAGUUUAUUAAUUAGGUGAUUUAGAAAAUUUGCAAAAAGCUAUAAGUAACUUCACUUUUGUUACUGAAAUGUUGAAAGAAGAAGGAAACCAAUAAGAUUUCAUUAAAAUAUUAUAAUCAAAAUAACAAACCUUAGAGAAAUAAAAAAAUAAACAUCUUGAAAAUAUUUAAAGGUAAAAAGAAAUAUUAUAAACUUCAUAUAAUAACAAUGAUAAUAAGUAUGUAGUUCACUCAAUCACAAUUCAAAAAGGUUAAUCAUAUAGUAAUUCUUCAACACUGUAUGUCUAGUAUUUUAAAUUCAAAAAAUGGUUGAAGUUCUCUAAUAGCACAUGUUAAGUUGUUGAAGACGAAGAAGUUACCACUAGUUCCUAAAAGUAUGCUAUAUUUGCCACCUAUAUUAAUGCAACUACAGUGCCCUAAUACAUAAAACAUUAAGAGAAUUUAAUUGAAAUUGGUAAUUUGGUAUCAGGAAGAGCUAAUUAUGAUAUAACUUAAAAUCAAUAUCUAAGAAGCAUAAUACCAAGAGAUGUCUUAUCUGAGGCUCAUUAAAUUAAUUUAGAAAACAGAUAGUAAUUUUGA